GGAGGGCGUGGCGACCGUGCUGGCUCCCACUGUUUAGGUUUGGGGACGAGUUUCCAGCUUUUGUCAUCCAGUCCUUUCCAAAACACUGGUGCUUACUUUUGCCGGGCAAGAGGGAAUCUGAGAUGACGAAGAAUGAUUGCCCUGUUCAAGCUCUAUCUGGUGGGGAAAGACAAGCAAAAAUUGGCGUUUACAGUGUAGUGUAGCACCUCCAUGAUGGAGAUGUUCCUAAAAAUCAGGAAAGCACAGAAGCAGAAGUGUGCCAGGUGAAGAACUGAAGCACUCCAGGAAGAGCUAAUUGUGUGUGCAAAACAGAAGCAAGAAAAACCCCCUGUAUUUCAUUCAGUUUGAUCCUGUGGAGUCAGGACCUUGGGCAUCUCCUAGGACAGCAAGUGGAACAGUGAUUAUAAAAAGGGACUGAACUCUGGUGGGGGAUGUGAUCGUGGGGAGGCUGUGCAUGCGUGGGUGCAGGCGGGUAUAUGGGAAAUCUCUGUACCUUCCACUCAGUUUUGCUGUGAACACAAAACUGCUCUAAAAAAUAGAGUCUGUUAAUUUUUUAAAAAUUGGAAACAACUUGAAAGGCAGCUUGGAACAGCAAAAGAAUACUGGCUUUGGAGGUUAUACUGCCAUGUUUCAAUUCCUGCUCAAUGUCUUAGUAGUUGUGAUUUCUAGACAAAAAAACUUAACAUCCUUUUGCCUUUUUUCAUAUGUAUGAAGUAAAGAUAGCACAUUCAUUGUAGAGAGUCAUUUUGCAAUUAAGAAUAACAGUCAAACGCUUAGCAUAUACUGUGCACUCAAUGAUUGGUGGUUAGUAUUUUUCCUUCACACAAUAUGGGCCUGCUCCAUUGGACUUCAGGGAAGAAGGAGAAGGGGCCAACCCCUGAAGAGGCAAUACAGAAACUGAAGGAGACGGAGAAGAUACUGAUCAAGAAACAGGAAUUUCUGGAGCACAAGAUUCAACAGGAGCUACAAACGGCCAAGAAGCAUGGCACCAAGAAUAAGAGAGCCGCCCUACAGGCUUUGCGGAGGAAGAAGAGACUGGAACAGCAACUGGCACAAACUGACGGGACAUUAUCCACCCUGGAGUUUCAGCGUGAGGCCAUUGAAAAUGCCACCACCAAUGUAGAAGUGCUUCGUACCAUGGAGCUUGCUGCUCAAGGCAUGAAGAAGGCCUACCAGGACAUGGACAUUGACAAGGUAGAUGAACUGAUGGCUGACAUCACAGAACAACAGGAGGUGGCCCAGCAGAUCUCAGAUGCCAUUUCUCGGCCUGUGGGCUUUGGAGAGGAUGUGGAUGAGGAUGAACUGUUGGAGGAGCUAGAGGAGCUGGAGCAGGAGGAAUUGGCCCGGGAGGUGUUAGAUGUGGAAGACAAGGAGGAAGAACCUCCAAUCAAACUACCCAGUGUACCCUCUACACACCUGCCAGCAGGGCCAGCUCCCGAAGCGGAUGAAGAUGAAGAAGCACUAAAGCAGUUGGCUGAGUGGGUAUCCUGAUGAGUCUGGGCUUGUCUUCCUGACGCUGCCUUCGUUGCUCUCUUUUCCUUAAGUGCCAAGUGCUGAGCUAAAGGACCAUAGCCUUUUCGGGAGGUCCUGCUGAGGGUGGUAGUGUGACCCUGCCUGAGAAAAGGGUCUGUUGCCUCCCAUCCCUGGCUCAACUCUGAAGAAGGAUCUUGGUGUGGGAGGAGCCCCUGGGCUCCCUUCUCUUUGAUAGCACUUACAGUGCCCUUGUUCCCAAUAAAAUUGGGUAGAUGGAGUGCUAGUGCUUCUACUGCCUGCUCUCCACCUGAAA